AUGAGCAGUAGAAGACUGUUCGUGAGCGGGCUGGCGAACAAUGUCCCCGAGGACGUCAUUCGCUCGUACUUCUCCAGAUUCGGAUACCUCUCCGAAUUCACACUACCGAUCGAACAUGAUACAGGUAUGAAUCGAGGUUACGCGUACAUUACCUUUUCUGACGAUGUGUCAACUUCGAAAUGUUUGGAGGAGUCGUCGCAUAAAUUUCAAAACAGAGACAUUACUGUGACGAAAUUGUCUGAUGAAAACAAUCUAGCAACGAUCAGUACCUUGAAAUCACGGAGUCUUUUUGUUAGUUUUCUUGGAGUGGAGAAUGUCACGGAGGAGUCUCUACGGCAAGCGUUCUCCGGCUUCGGUAAUAUCUCGUCCAUUCACAUUGCCAAGGAUGAGGAUGGACGCAUCCUUUACUAUGCGAUAAUCAAAUUUGAUCAUGAAGAAGCAGUUGAUUCUUGUCUUAGCGUAAAUCACUGCAUAAAUGGACGAUCCAUUACUAUAAGAAAGGCAGUUACAAGAGAGCGAUUAAAACUGGCUGAACAAUAUGCUAGGGAGCAGGCUCAUCUUGAAGAACAUCGAAAACAUGGUUAUGCUGGAUAUGGACAACCUCCUGCUAACGCUGCUGUUAAAGUAUGGUACACUUACCAUUCUAUUUCGUCUACAUUGCGAGUGAAGUAUCAUGGUGAAAUGCAACAGUAUCAGAUGCAACGACAGUAUAGGAACGCGUUGGAUCAAGCAACGUUUCAUAACGCUUAUAACUACAAUUUGUCGAGUCAAAGCGAAUCUGGAUCUUCCGAACCUCAUCAUAUGAGUGACGAAACCGGCAUUGUUGCACGAAUGAGAAACUACGGAUACAGUGGUCAAUAA